AAGAAGGACCACCCACAAGUUUAAUCAUCCACUAAAAUUAUGCCCUUAUAAAAUAUUGAUAUUCUUUUUCCGGCCUUUCUUUUGUUUAAUUUUAUUACUCUCUCUCUCUCUUUCUUUCUCUUUCUUUCUCUUUCUCCGUGUGAGCCCCUCCCAAGGGCAGAAGAAAAAUGGCCGUUGCAGAGAAAAAUGGAGUCCAACAAAGAAUCGUAGCUUGAUAAACUCAAGACUAGCCUUGAUUUUGUUGCUGGUAAGUUCUCGUGGAUCUAAUCUUGUUGAUCUUUUUUUUCAUUUGUAUCGUCAUGUUGAAAGAGAAUGAUCUUUCAACUAAUGGGGGUGGUGGGGGUUCGGGAGAAGGGAAUAGCUCUGCUUCUAAACCCAUUUCAAUUAAGCAAAAUCCGGAUAACCCAGAUUCGAAUUCGAGAUUUCAUGAAAAGGGUAUUGAAUUUAUGAGGAAAACUGAGAUUUGUUCAGAUGGGUUUCAGUCAAAACCCUCGAAAGUUAUGAAUUCUGGGUUUCAAGAGCUGACCUUGAGUUAUCUAUGUGAAAAUAACAAACUGGGGUUUCCUGAUAAAGAGAUCCCGUCGAAGAAUAUGUUUAACUCGUUGGAGAAAGGGAGUUAUAAAGGAAAGGAAGUAGUUGUUGAAGAUCAAUAUCAAGAAGAUAGUAAUAACAGAUGGGUAGAAAGGGAUUUUAUGCAAAUGAAUGAAGUAAGGGGAAAAGCUUCAAACAGACGAGGAAUAGAGGAAGAUGAAGAUGAAAUCGAGAGAGAAAAUAGAGAGAAGAGGCAAAAACUGGAGACUCUGAAUCUCUCUUUAGCUUUACCUGAUGUUUCACUUUCUCUUAAUGCUGAUUUUCCAUCUCGACUUAGACCUAUACAGAACGAACUAUCAUUUGCUGCUGCACCUUCAAACAACAAUACCCAAACAACAUACUCAAAUGAUUUCACCGCAGCCUCGUUAUCAUACUCAUAUUCCCAUCCAUUCUCACAUAAUCUCAGCUGCUCACUUACUCGAAAUUCGACUGAGAAUAAUGAAUUCUCAAUGGGUAGUAGUCACCACAGGAGAGAUUGUGAUCAAAUAUGGAAUGCCGGUGAAGGAACAAACGGUUCAGUCCAUAGCCGAUUCAGACCAGUUGGAGAUGGAGGUGUCGCCUUUUCGAAUAACCAUUCGUUCUACCCUUCUGAAUUACCCGCGAGGCCCAAACUCGAGACACAGUCAGGCGAUUCCAGAAGGCAAAACCCUGAAAUCAAGCCAUCUAGACCUGAAAGAAUUGUCAGAGAGAUUGUUUCCGAACCGAUUUCUAUGAUGUCCCACAUUGUCCAAGAACUGACUGAGGAAACUGUUGAAUCGACCAAGGAAUACUUGACGAAGCUGAUCGAAACUCCGGAGAGGAGAAUGGAGUUGUUGAGUUUGCAGAACAGGUUGGAGAGAAGAUCCGAUUUAACAAAGGAGAAUCUUUCCAAAGCGAGUAAAACUCAGCUCGAAGUGUUUGUCGCGAUCAAAAUGGGGAUUGGGAGUUUCUUAUCGAGCAAAGUUCGAAUCCCGAUUAUAGAGCUCUCGGAGAUUCUCUUGCUGGAGAGAUGUCGAAAUGUGAACUGUAGAAGGGCUCUGCCGGUUGAGGAUUGUGACUGCAAUAUUUGCUCGGCGAAGAAAGGGUUCUGCAGUGAAUGUAUGUGUCCUGUUUGUUUGAAAUUCGACUGCGCCAGCAAUACUUGUAGUUGGGUUGGAUGCGAUGUCUGUUCGCAUUGGUGCCAUGCUGCUUGUGGAAUAGAGAAGAAUCUCAUAAAACCAGGGCCUAGCUUGAAGAAGAAGGCGAAUGGAGGCAUAACCGAGGUGCAAUUCCAUUGCCUUGGAUGCGGUCAUGCUUCUGAGAUGUUUGGAUUCGUUAAGGAUGUUUUCAUGUCUUGCGCGAAAGAAUGGGGUGUUGAGAAGUUAACGAAGGAGCUUGAUUGUGUUCGGAAGAUUUUUCGAUCUAGCCAAGAUUAUGUUGGCAAGGAGUUGCAUUUAAAGGCUGAUGAGAUGCUGUCUAAGCUUGAAGCUAGAAGAGUUUCUCCAUCAGAUGUCUGCAAUUUCAUCUUUCAGUUCUUUACAUACACAGAAGGGCUUGCUGAUCUUCCAUCUUCCUCCAGUAAAGAGAUCACGACACCAAUUCAAGCUGACUUUCGAAACCCAAUGCUUCAAAAAACAUCAUUUUACGACAAUAUUAACUCUUCAAGUGGCAGGAUCGAUACACUGUUGUCGUCGAAGCAAAUCCAGAUUGAUUCGUCAUCUGGUCCUGUUAUUCUACGCAGCAACACCAUGGCUGACGACGAGUGGUCGAUGAAGAUGGUGAAGGAUAAUGGGAUCGACAGCUUGGAGGGUAUUGUGAUGAUAAAAGAGGCAGAAACAAAAAUGUUCCAAAAAAGAGCUGACGAUGCAAGGAAAGAAGCUGAGGAUUACAGACAGAUGGCGCGGAUGAAAAGUGAGAACGUGGAAGUGGAAUAUGCGGAAAAGGUGACGAAACUGUGUUUGCAGGAGACUGAAGAAAAGCGGAGGAUGAAGAUGGAGGAGCUCAAGGUUUUGGAGAAUGCACAGUGCGAUUAUUACAAGAUGAAGAUGAGAAUGCAGGCUGAAAUUGCGGGUUUGUUGGAAAGAAUGGAGGCGACGAAGAAACAGUUGGUAUAAUGUGAUUUGUUGUGAUGCUUGUUGAGAAUUCUUUUGUUAUUGUUGUUGGAUUUUAUUUAUCUAACUUAUAGUUCAUCAAUAUUAGUAUUAUAACUAUUUCCCCCAAGGAUGGGAUUGUUGGAGCCAUUGGUUUUCAUUGAU